AUGCUCCACUCCUCGACCCUCAUCGCUGCUCUAUUCAUCGGUAGCUGUGCUUAUGAUGAAAUCACUCUGUCGUUGGCCAUAUCAAAUGAUCCGUAUGGCGCCGUGGGAGAUUACGAAAGCUCAGCUGCUUCGAGUGGGAUGCUCCAACUGAAGGACGAUAUAAUUGACGAGCCUCAGGUCCAGUGUACGAGCGCCCCAGUGGUUCGU